GCUGUAGCACAAACGCGAGGAGAGUUGCUAUUGACAGCUUAGAAAGGCGUAUUCAGAGUAAAAGUGUCAGUAGAGUGAAGUUAACGGAGCGCCAGCAGUUUAAUAGCUGUCUGCUUUAAUAAAUAUUUAGAAAAAAAACUGUCCAGAUCAUGAGCCAGAGACAGGUCCUUCAAGUUUUUGAACAGUACCAGAAAGCAAGAACACAGUUUGUACAAACUAUAGCGGAAUUAGCUACCAGGCCACAAAAUAUUGAAACAUUGCAAAAUGCAGGUGUGAUGUCUCUGCUGAGACCACUUCUGUUGGAUGUAGUCCCAACCAUUCAGCAGACUGCAGCUCUUGCCCUAGGAAGGCUAGCCAAUUACAACGAUGACCUGGCAGAAGCAGUUGUUAAGGGCGACAUACUUCCACAGCUUGUAUAUUCAUUGGCUGAGCAGAAUCGUUUUUAUAAGAAGGCAGCUGCAUUUGUUCUGAGAGCAGUAGCCAAACAUUCCCCAGAGUUGGCCCAGGCUGUUGUUGAUUGUGGAGCAUUGGAUGCUCUUGUGAUAUGCCUUGAGGACUUUGACCCUGGAGUGAAAGAAGCAGCAGCUUGGGCACUUGGAUACAUCGCAAGGCACAAUGCAGAGCUAGCACAAGCUGUGGUGGAUGCAGGCGCUGUUCCUCUUUUAGUUCUCUGUAUCCAGGAACCUGAAAUUGCUUUGAAAAGGAUUGCUGCAUCAGCUCUCAGUGAUAUCUCUAAGCAUUCUCCGGAGCUGGCUCAGACAGUUGUGGAUGCCGGUGCUAUUGCUCACUUAGCCCAGAUGAUACUGAACCCUGAUGCCAAACUGAAGCGUCAAGUCUUUUCAGCUCUCAGUCAGAUUGCAAAGCAUUCUGUAGAUUUGGCAGAAAUGGUGGUUGAAGCAGAAAUCUUUCCAGCUGUUCUCCCAAGUCUAAAGGACCCAGAUGAUUAUGUCAAGAAAAAUGUUGCAACUUUAAUACGAGAGAUUGCCAAACAUACCCCUGAGCUCUCCCAGCUUAUCGUUAAUGCAGGUGGAGUAGCUGCUGUCAUUGACUACAUUGGUGAAUGUAAAGGCAGCAUCAGGCUACCUGGUAUUAUGAUGCUUGGUUAUGUUGCAGCCCACUCUGAAAAUCUGGCAAUGGCAGUGAUCGUUUCCAAGGGGGUGCCUCAGUUGACUAUCUGCCUGUCAGAAGAACCAGAAGACCAUAUUAAGGCAGCAACUGCGUGGGCCUUGGGGCAGAUUGGAAGGCAUUCUCCUGAGCAUGCACGUGCUGUUGCAGUUGCAAACGUUUUACCAAAGCUACUUUCUUCUUACCUGGAAACUGAUAGCUCUGAAGACCUCCAAAUCAAGGCUAAAAAGGCCCUGAAGAACAUCCUGCAAAAAUGUACACAUCUGCCAGCACUAGAACCUCUUUUACAUGACGCUCCUCCUAAAAUACUGAAGCAUGUUGUUGGGCAGUUCAGCAAGGUGUUACCACAUGACAGCAAAGCUCGUCGUCUUUUUGUAACAAGUGGUGGACUUAAAAAGAUUCAAGAGAUUAAGGCAGAACCAGGGUCCGUUCUUCAGGAAUACAUUAACAACAUUAAUAACUGCUAUCCAGAAGAAAUAGUCAGAUACUACUCUCCUGGAUAUUCAGAUGCACUGCUAGAAAGGGUGGAAACCUAUCAGCCAGCUUAAGUCAAUCCAACAUAUUUAUUUGCCAGUGUAUUAAUUUUGUUCCUGUGCCUUUCUAAGCUGAGUGCCAGCCACCAAAUUUGCCUGAAAUGUUCUUUUUUUUAAUAAUAUGAAUGGCAAUUUCAAACUGUGAGCCAAACAUAUCUGUAAUGUAACAGCCCAUCAUUGUUAAACGUUUAUAAAUUUGGUACACUGUCCUUGUUAAACACUGACAGUAAAAUAUGAAAGAAAGUGUAAAGUUAGAUACAGAAAAAACAUGAUUAUUUGUUCCUACAUUUGCCACAGUCUACCUUAUUCAUUUAGUAUCUCUUGUGACAUAACAUAUCAUCAAUAAACUCACCAUUUUUGUAUGGCA